AUGGCAAGGAAAAUAACUCCAAAAGUGGCGGUUGUAUUUUUGAAAGUUACGAUCGCUUUAUGUUUUUCAUGGCCUCCUCCAAAGACCGCUAGUAGAUUUCAAGUUAUACGUUUCAAAACUUUGCGUUUCUUGUUCUGCAUGAAUGUGACAGUAUUGCUUGUGCCUGUGAUAUAUACUUUUUAUAAUAAUGACUACGAUUUACCGAAACUAACGAAGCUGUCGUGCUUACUGGCAGCUUUUGUACAAGUCCUUCUGGAAGUAACACAGUUCGCUCUACAAUAUGAUCGUUUACAAGAUUUAACUUCAGAGAUGGAACAUAGUUUCGAAUGCGCGGAAGCGCAUGAAAAAGACGUGUAUCAACGAUACGUCAAUAAGUGCAUGCCGUUUUACGCAGCCUCUACACUCUCAGUUUUUCUCACCGCGGUUGCAACCGCAGCUAUGCCACUAAUAACGGUCAAUCAGACUUUUCCGACAGAAGCAAGGUAUCCCUUCGACGUGGAGCGUGAACCGAUCAGGACUAUUAUCUAUGUGCAUCAGUUCAUCAUCGUUUGGCAGUGCUUUUCGGCUGUUUGCCUCGGCAGUUUCGUCGCUAUUCUCAUAUGGUUUACCGCGGCGCGCUUCGACAUCUUAUCCCAGCAAUUUCGCGCAGUUAACGGAACUCGUGAAAUUAUCAUAUGUAUACGGCAGCAUAUUAAAUUGUUGAGGUACGCUCAAGAGGUAAUCGUUGCGAUACGCUCAGUUAUGUUAUCGAUAAUAAUUAUUUGCACAUGGGCGUUUUUAGCCAGUGGUUUAACAAUUAUAGGUCAAAGUACGUUAGCAGACAAAACGCAAUUCAUGAUUCUAUUAACAGCUGCACUUAUGGAAAUGUAUGCGUGCGCGUGGCCGGCCGAUCACUUGAUGGACGCUAGUACCGAUGUUGCACAAGCAGUAUACGAUUCAUUAUGGUAUAAUGAAAGUGUUACCUUCCAAAGAAAUAUAUGGUUUAUCUUACUGAGGAGUCAAACACCAGUGGCCAUUUCAGUUUCCUCCUUUCUACCAGCUAUAUCGUUGAAUUAUUACGCGUCGUUUGUAUCAACAGCUUUCUCUUAUUUAAUGACAUUACGAGUAGUAUUUCUGGAGGACGACGCAACUAAAGAUUAA